AUGAUUUUCACAAACGACGUAACAAAUUUUGACACUGACAUUUCAACGCUGACACUGACAACUUGCAAAACACAAAAGCACCGGGAGCGUAAAUUGUUCUACGACACAAGAAAAAAACUCUACGGAAUAAACUCCUGGCCCCCAGCGUCGAUUCCGUGCCAUGAGAUGGCAAUCCGAAUCCGAUUGAAUAAAAGGAGAAGUAACCAGCUGCUGCUUCCGGCUCGGGUGAGAAGAAGAGCUGAUGAGAAGAAACCGGCCGCCACUGAGAGGAAGUCAGCUCAGAAGCUUCUGGCCGGAACCUUCUUGCCUCCCUCAGCAGCUCUCUUGGCCGGAGAGGCAAAUACCAAACCGGACAAAAAGGGAACAAAUGCUGCUGCUACCGGAAACGUUGCCGCUGCUGGUAAAAAGGCUCCGACAGUGGCUUUCGCCAAAAUUGGCUGCUAUUGCCACCGCCAAGGUCAAGAACACUGCGGCCGCCACCAAGAAGCCAGCCCCGCAGAAGACCGCUUCCAAAAAGGAAGCCGCCGGUGGCGGUAG